AUGGGACCAGUCGCUGCGUCGGCGUGCUCGCACAUGGACGACUCACGUGGAUCAGCUCGGUUCCCGCAACCAAGGACACCGGAGCCGCAGCGCUUCCAAUUCCGAAGCCUGCGGUGGUGCCCGGAGGCACAGACGCCAACGGCCCAGCAUGACGGAGGCGCACCCUAUGCAGCGGAGGAGGUGGCCUAUAUGUAUGCUGACGAGGAGGGUGUACGGCAUGCGCCGCGCACCGACGUGGGGCAUCUCACGCGGCCAGGGGCCCAGGAUGACGGUGCUAGUCCUUGCACACCGCGAACGGUGUGUCAGUCUCGGAUGAGGCAGUGCGCGGAGCUAGCAAACGCGCAUCCCUUUUCCGCCUCACUGCGCACCGCCCAUGCAUCCGCUGCUCCCCUGCAGCAGUCGCCAUGCUCAUUCACGCCAUCCAUCGCGGAUGCCCCCGUGGUGCGUCGCACUCGGUCUCUCUCGUGUCCAAGUGCCUAUCGAUCCGUCGCACCAGCUCGCUGCUCAGUCGGGUACGGCAUCAGCAGUGGAGGAGCAGGGCAGAGCAUCGGCCGACCCACCACCGUAUUGAGUGGUGUGUCACCCGCCGGUGUGAAUGUGUGUGGCUCGCCGUCCGCCGUUUCGGCUGCACGCCCGACAGUGCCGUUACACUCGGCGUUGUCUACGACAGCGCUCUCGACGGCGGAUGAGCAAGGCCGUACGCUUCCGGAGCGCCGCGACGGCGUUGAUGAUCUGCCCGCUUGCGAAAGCAACGAUGUCUUUCUCAUGCACACGUACACCACGCAGCCGUGUGCCACCUCCACCUCCGUCCCACAGCUCACGCGUCUUUCGGUUUCCUCCAGUGGGCACAGCCCUGCUGUGCCGACGAACUGGUCUAUUGGCCGCCCGACCACGCUGCGCUGUCGCGACACGGACUCUGACGUGCACUGCAAUUGGGGUGCCAUUCAAGGGGAGGAUGAGGAGGACAAGGAGUCGUUGAUCGGUUGUGCGACACAAGUCUGGCGCAUCUCUGCCGAGGUGCAGAUGCCGCUGCAGUGUUCCCAUGGCACAAGGGCGACAGAGGAAGAGACGCUGCUCGGCGCCCCGACCUCGCAUUGUGGUGACCACCUGACAAACGGCAGAGGCGUAUUUGCGUCCUCGCCACCCAUUGUGUGGCAGCCAGCACCGCUGCCGGCGUCUUUUUCGGCCUCCCAGAUCGACCUUUCCGGUGGCGGCCAGGACAACGCGGUGCUGUUGAGCGGUGCGCCUGUGGGGAGCGCCGAAGAGGAAACCCACAACGACAACCGUGAGGUGACGCGGUCGAACGUGAUACCGGCAACCGGAGACAUUGCGGCCACGGAAUCGAACGAUUCCUUUGUCGGCUUGGAGGCUGCACCGCGCAAGGGCUAUGCCCGGUCCAACAGCGGCACGCCUCCGCGAAGCGAUCUUGGGUCUCCCAACAACGCGGCCAACCUGCAAGCGCACGGUCGCGCCGCUAAUGGAGUGUCUGCAGGUGUCGAACUCGUGUACCGCGCAGCAGCGUCGGAGACCAACUCUCACCACUUCGGGGCAUCUCUGUGUGCCAAUAUCGGCAGCGGCUGCCGUGCCCGCUUGGGGAUACCUGCAGAGUGGCGCGACCACAUGUGUGCCGCCACCCCGCAGGGACGGGGCGUGUGGGUGCAAGUGCCGGGGCAGCUGCGUGAGUCUGAAUACCCAGCCUCCACAACUACGGCCGAGGCGGUUGCCGCGCGGCUGGCGCACAUCUCUAUCCACACCUCUCCUACCCCAAAGCGACUGGCGUUUGAAGAGGAGGAGCUUGUCGAGAGGGUCAGCGGUGGCGGCUCGCCGACGCUGAUCCCUGCGGUGCGCUUUGUCGCGGACGGCGCUGCUCGACGGGGCGCUUGCAACGAGGCUUCAGUUGCUCAAGGCGCUGGUGGCUCUACUGAAGUUGGUCUCCUGGGUAGAGGCGCCGGGGGCCUGAGCAGCAGUGGCAUGCGGUGGGCUUCGGUGUUUGGCGAUAGUGGCCAUCUUGAGUUGUGUAGCAGUCGCAUCCCCAGUGGGCUGCAGCUGCUCCGCUCCCGAAAACGCUGCCUUGACGAAAUGCAAGCGACAGACACGCAGGAAAGGCAUGCCGACACGCUAGUUACCGGAGGUAUCAGCGACGCACGCGAUGCAAGUUAUCUUGUACCCGAUAGGGUCGCCCGUAUGAGCUUAGCGACUCCUUUCGAGAACCUAGAGGAGGAUGGCGACGGCGAUGAGGAGGCAGUGAAGAGGCAGAGGCGCGAGGAGCAGCGUCGCAUGCGACUGCAGCAUCUUCUUCCGGCUUCGCCAAACACGAUGGAUGACCUCAUUCCGGCUCCGGCGCGAGCUCUUGGGACGGCAGUGGCUCCCUGCUCAUCUGUGUCCUCCUCGCACGUGCGUAGCACCGUGCACGGGAUCCAGUCGACGCAGGAUCAGCAGCAUCAACAAGACCGCACCCGCAACGACGAUCCGGCUUCGUGGAGUCAGGUGAGCAGCAUCAGCUACGUGACGCCGGCGUCGCAGAGCACGUCGAUGGGCCUUUGGGGGGUGCCUGGCACACUCUCUCAAGGCCACCACGGCGGCGCAGUGGUGUGUUCCGUCGGCUCCGGCUCGCAGUUGUUGACACCACUCCCAACAAACGUGAUGCCGCAGCCAUCACACAAGCCGUAG